AUGGCAAAGAAGAGUUCAAAUGAAGGAAGAAGAGAAUCAUCAGUAUCAGAUAACAUCACUAUUGUAAAUGAAACAAAUUAUAAUAAUUCAAAAUUCACUAUUAUUCAAUCUACUAAUCAAGAUGCUAUACCAACCAAAGAAAUCAAAACAUGGGAGGAACUAAAAGAAGAAUGUACAACAUUAGAUGAAAUACGUCUGAUAAUCCGUCGUUUGCCCCUUGAUAAUGUCCUUCCUCUUCUUCAAGAACUACUAACAAAGUUCAAUGUUCAACAAACUCAUGAUGCAGCUUUAACAGAAUGGAUCAAAAUCUUAUUGUUGACACAUACAGCUUACUUUAUGUCUUUACCUGACAUUGUGAGACAGCUGUCAAAAAUUUAUAAACAAUUAGACAAUCGACUUACAGUAUAUCCUAAAUUAUUAGCUAUGCGUGGUAGAUUAGAUCUUAUUCAAAAUCAAAUUGAUGCUCGUAAUCGUAAGGAUGAUUCUGAGGAUGAAGUAUCGGAUAUAGCUGAAGAGGCAUAUAGUGAAAGUGAGGAUGAUAUAGAUGAUGAAGAUGAUGAUAUUGAAGACGAAGAUAAUUAUGAAGAUAAUGAUGAUGGAUUAAUGGAAUUAGAUAAUAAUGAGACUGAAAUGUUUAAAGAGGAAGAAGAAGAUAUGAAUACUGAAGAUGAAGAUGAUAAUAUUAGUGAUAGCGAUAUUGAAGAAUAA